AUUGCUUAUGCAUAUUAAUGCAAACAAAAGCAGUGGCAUUAUAGUCAUUUCGGUAUCCUACUUACAGUUGUUGCAAAGCUAUACAUAACGUACUAAUGAACUUGGAAAACCUAAAAGAAGACAGGAAAUGGAGUAUAAGCAACGAGAAGAGGCCUUUGCAUGUCCAAGUAACGUAUUAACUUGCCGGAGUCACCGACAUAUAUAUUCCGGGUAGUUAGAGUUGAUAUCCGGCGAAAGCUGCGUUCCCAUGGUUUUGUUAACCAAGUUCCACAAGAACAAGUUGUAGAAGAUUCAAGAAAUGGUGCUUUUUCCAUCUAUAUUUGAUGGAUUGGCUAGGAGUGUAUCAGUCAAGAAAGGAAGGAAUUCUCAGAAAGAUGUUGGCAAGGAAGCUGCAGAAGCUUUGGCAAAGAAUGCAAGGAAGAAUGAGUUGAUGUUGAGUUCUUCAGGCAUUGUUAAGUCCAUGAAAUCAAAUAAUUUUGCAUCAGUUUGUUCUAAGAGAGGGCAGAAAGGAAUUAAUCAGGAUUGCUUCAUUGUGUGGGAGGAAUUUGGAUGCCAAGAGGACAUGAUCUUUUGUGGGAUCUUUGAUGGGCAUGGUCCAUGGGGUCAUGUUGUUGCCAAAAGGGUUAAAGAAUCUGUUCCAUCUUCUUUGCUGUGCAAUUGGCAAGAAACUUUAGCACUGACAUCGCUGGACAUGGACUUCGAGAUGGAACUGGAUAGAAACCUCCAUCAGUUUGAUAUUUGGAAGCAGUCUUACUUGAAAACUUACGCGACUGUUGAUCAGGAACUUAAGCAGCAUCCUGAAAUUGAUGCCUUUUCUAGUGGUAGUACUGCUUUAACAAUUGUUAAACAGGGCGAGCAUCUUGUUAUAGCGAACGUUGGCGAUUCUCGGGCUGUGUUGGCAACCAUUUCCGAUGAUGGAAGUUUGGCGUCACUUCAGCUUACCACCGACUUCAAGCCUAAUUUACCUCAGGAGGCUGAACGAAUAACACAGUCCAAUGGUCGAGUGUUCUGUUUACAUGAUGAGCCAGGGGUGUACAGGGUCUGGAUGCCAGAUGGGAAGAGACCAGGGCUAGCAUUAUCAAGAGCUUUUGGUGAUUACUGUGUGAAAGAUUUUGGCCUCAUUUCUAUACCUGAUGUCACCCAAAGAAGCAUAACAAGCAGAGAUCAGUUUGUCAUUCUAGCAACAGAUGGGCUAUGGGAUGUUAUUUCCAACCAAGAAGCAGUUCAGAUCGUUUCUUCAACCCCAGAUAGGCAGAAAGCAGCUAAAAGGUUGGUGCAGUCUGCUGUUCGUGCCUGGAAAUAUAAGAAAAGAGGCCUCGCGACAGAUGAUAUCUCAGCCAUAUGCCUCUUCUUUCGUGAUUCACUGCCACAAGAAGUUGGCCCUUUGAUGGUCUUAAAACAAGCAUAAGCGACCAUUUUUGGCUAAUGGCUGGUUAAGAAACCUUUGUCAGUUCCUACAACAAAUGUUAUCUGCAAACAUGUGAACCCGGACUAAGAAUGUUUUGUGUACGAAUUGGAUAAAAUAGCACCUGACUCGCCUCAAUGUAUUUCUUUUUCGUCUUGUAUUCUGUAGACUAAUCAAAUCCAAUAUAUUUUUGCUAAUAUGAAAAGAAAUAAACGACUUGGUUUAGAAAGUAA